AUCAUGGCUGGGUAUGCCUCAAGCCAGUAAAGUCACUGCUCACUGUACCUCACAUCGAGCUGAUACUCGCAUAUCUCACUGCCCGCCACCCUGGCUUGCUUUCCAGGGGCACUGCUAUUUGUGGGUGGACAAAUCAAUGUCUUGGAUGGAUGCUGAGCGCCACUGCCAGAUGCUGUCCCACCCGGGGAAGAUGGUCCACCUUGUGUCCAUCCACAGCGAAGAGGAGGAUGAAUUCAUCAAAGAUUACGUAAGGAUCACCUCUGGCCUGGCGGCUACUCCCAGCUACUGGAUUGGCUACAGUGACAUCGAACGGGAGGGUCAGUUCCAGUGGAGUGAUGCAUCUGAUGUGUCUUACGAGGGUUGGAAGCCAGGGGAGCCAAACAGCUACAAGGGGAGAAACGAAGACGGUGUCGAGUGCCGAUCAGCUUUUGACAGCAAAUGGAAUGACGACGUUUGCAUGCGUGAGAAACGUUUUGUCUGCAAACUCUAGAUCCCAUUCAUGCGAUAUUGCAGUUAAACGCUAUACUCAACUUGUCAUUCUGAAAAGUAAUAAUAGCGCAGUUUCUAAUAUCAAAGUUGUUCACAUGUUACUCUGUCAACAGCAUCCUUAUCGUUGGCCUUUGCAAUUGGAACUGCGCAACAUAAUAAUGGAACAAGGCUGUCUUUUGGUAUUUUUUUCCAGACGUUUAACAGCCGGUUCUAGCGAAGCUGCCCAUGUAAGGGUUCGAUAGAGCUUAAUUAGCAAAUGCGACAGGAGUGUACAUUGAACAAUUUCAUUUCCGAUAUUGCCUUGCUCCCAGGAUCAAUAUUGUUGGACUGGCAAGACUAUUCAUUUAACGAUAUGUAUUUGGAGUUGGAACCGGUCGAUAAUGUAGUAAACGGAAACACCCCCUCGUUGUCAUUGCUUUGUAGCAGUUAAAUGACUGUAAACUGUGCAGUUCUCGGCACACACUUUGUUGCGCUCUUGCGUCGCUUUAAACUUUGGCUAAACAUUAAAAUUGUUGGAUGUUAUUGAUCAGGUUGAGCCAGUCCUUGGUGUACCAUUGAAAUUGAAGCACUUUAAAUUCGAGAAUACUUGCAAUGAGUAUGCAGGUACAUGGUGGAGGCAAAAGAAAUGAUAACCGCGAGUUUCAUUGUUUAAAUAAAAAUGCCAUUCAAUUAAACCUUAGUGUCAGCUGUUGGUGAAUUGAAGUAAAUCAGAAGACAGCAAGAAAGAAACGGGCUUCACCGGUCUUCUGGUACUGAUACUGGCAUCCGUCAGUUUGUCGUCUGACGGCAGUGUGGCUGCUCUCUGCAGCUCACCUUACUGCCA